UCUCCCUUCACCGUCCCCAAACCAUGCUUAGAGCGAAGAUGAUCUGAGAUUGCCUCUUAAAUUCUCUAUAUUCCUAACUGACAUGAGUAAUCCUAGUCUCAUCGCCUGGGGCGUACCUCGUCUUGCCGAAAUUCUCCCACUUGAUGAAGAGUCUCUCAUCCAGAUCCUCACCUACGCUGGUGAUCUAUCCAAAGAAGAAGGCGCUGACCACCUCAAGAAUCUUUUGGGAGAUUCACCUAUUGCAUUUGAAUUUAUAUCUGCCUUUAACUCACGACGAGAAGAUCCCUCCCUUCGACAACCGCGCUCCGCCACCCCCCCACCUGCUCAAACGUCAAAUGCUGGAAAGGGCGUGAAGAAAACCAAGAAAACAAAACCUCCCCUUCAUAGCGCUGGGCCUCCACGGAGACCGGAGAAUUUUGGAGAUGUCACCGGGGGUUACAAGAAAGCGGACCAGGAGGAGGACUACAUCUCCGGUAGGAGCAGGCCACAGGAACCAGGCUCAAGGAAGGCAGCAGAUACUCUUCGACCAAGCAAGGGAAUACCUUCACGCGAAGCUUCGGCAGCAUCUUCGCGCAACCCGUCUCCCGCUCCUCCAGUAGGGAAGGCCCCACCCUCCGCAGCUGGACUAGUAAUUUCGGACCUUCUUCCAAAUGUCAAAUCUAAGGCGGCGAAGCCUUCAAGAAGCGGCGCUGGGGGUUCUGGCACCGCAGCGCCUUCUUCGUCCAAAGGCUCCCUGACGACGAACAACAUUUCUGAUCUGACAGCUGCAAUCGCUGCUUUAGAAGUAUCUACAAAUCCAACUUUAUCAAACCAACCAAGGAAAUGCGCUUGCUAUGCGGCUAUCCAUCCGGUUUUUGCACCGGCUCCGAACUGUUUAAACUGCGGGAAGAUUAUCUGUUCUUUGGAGGGCCUUCAGCCCUGUUCAUUUUGCGGAACUCCUUUGCUCUCGAAUGAGGAAAUUCAGGGCAUGAUCCGCGAAUUGCGGGCGGAGCGAGGCCAAGAAAAAAUGCGCGCGCACAACGAGAGUGUUCACCGCGAGGGCGGGCCUGGGCUGGGACCGGGCUCGUCUCCCAGCAAACUAGACGCCGCUCGGGCUCAUCGUGACAAGCUACUCCAGUUCCAGGCGCAAAAUGCCAAACGCACGCGAGUGGUAGACGAAGCGGCUGAUUUUGAGACGCCCAAUGUGUCGUCCACACUUUGGAUGACUCCUUCGCAAAGAGCUUUGGCGCUCAAAAAGCAGCAGCGGAUUAUGCGCGAGAUGGAGGAAAAAGCACGACCGGAGUGGGAGAAGAAGAAGACCGUGAUGAGCUUGGAUAUUAAGGGUGGCCGCGUUACAAGGGUUUACCAAGCUGCACCUACGGAAUCCAGUUCUGCUCCAGUGGACGAGCAAGAAGCAGAGGAUCUCACUUACGAUAGCAGCCAGAGAAGUAGCGAAGCGUUCAGCCAUAAUCCGUUACUGGCCGCUGGUGGGCUUAUGCGACCUAUUUGGAAGGCACCCGAUGGGAAAACGGCGGAUGGUCACCGGCAACGAAAGCAGACAUGGCGUCGUGUUCAAGACGACGCCGAAAAUGAUAAUGAACAAUGGAUUCUCGACGGGGGGAUUCACGGGCACUCGGACUUGAAUGUAGAGUCUUGAGAAUCCAGUAGGUCUGUUUAACGUUCACAUGAAGAAGAAGAAGAAGAAGAAGAAGAAGAAGAAGGAGCAUUUUAUUAGCCGGAAGUGCCUUUAUAUAGCUCCUGAGGACUUUUGGCACUGUAUAUAGAAGCUAGGUUAACCGCAUUAUAGAAAUAAUUCCUUGAAUGGGAACGGCUCCUUCAUGGGGGCUUUUACGAAGUUGACAAGCUUCCACAUUACAACUGUGGAUAUUUCUUGAGCAAUAUUUAGCUAUAUAUUAUGGUUCCUCCUCUUAUCUCCUUGUACAGCAGAGCUAAAAUUACUUAAAAUAGCCUGGCUAAAUA